GCCUGCCACCACCCUCCCGAAUCCGCCCCUACUUUCCCGAGUGGAAGGCGCCCGCCCCCGACUCCGCGCAGCAUGAAGAUGCCCUGGACUUGAACUUGGACUUGGACUUGGACAUGCUUCCAGAGUAUAAUUUCGAGCCCCCUGAGUCCCCUUUCUGUGCUGAGCGCUUUGGGCGCAAGUAUCUAGAGGGGCUCCGCAACACCUCCACGGGAUACUGCACUCCUGACUCUCUGACCAACUUGACUUGCUUUCAUAGCCAGACGUCGCCUGAUUCUCGGGUGGACAUGUUCUGUUUUGGAAGGUCCGCCGUCUUUGAUGUCACGGACAAAAGGUUCGACCUGGCCUGCAAGCCAAGAGAAUUGACCCCAAAGGAGACCUUAAGAGGAACCCCGGAAUUAACAGCGCUCAGUUCUUACUGGUACGACACUGGGCCACGCGUUGUCUUUGAUAGAGUUGUUAAAAUGGAUGUCGAUAUUGAAGCAUCGAACUCUUCGACGGCAAAUUUUACCGUUCUGAUCAAACGCGAAGGUGCAUACAACCUAUGGCAUUCCCUAAUGGAGAUCUUCUCAAUGACCAUGGCCCUUGAUGUCCUUCGAAUAACCAAGGAACCAGUUAAAAAUGCGCCUUUUUUUACCCUCGGAGAUGUAGAAAACACACAGAUCCUCAUCCUCGAUGAUCAAGACGACGGCCCAUACUUUGAUUUAUGGACACUUUUCGCCAAGAGACCAGUUAUCAGAUUAAGGGAUGUUUCAGAGAGCACAAAGUUUGAGAAUAUUAUAGUUCCCCUGGCAGGUGCUAGCAAUCCGCUUUGGCAAGGUGACUGGGAAAUCCAUCCAUGCGAACGAUCCGACUUAUUACGUACCUUCACACAUCGGGUCCUGGAUUUCUAUAAGAUUGAUGCUUGGGCGCCACGCAAGGAGGACCUUGUGCUCACAUUUAUCAAUCGGAAGGAAUCCCGGCGGCUGAUUGGUUAUCAGCCUUUUUUCGAAGAGCUCAAAGCGAAGGUUCCGCACUUGAAGAUUCAAAUUAUUGAUUUCGCAUCCAUUCUAUUUGUAGAGCAAUUGCGAAUAAUUCGCGAAACAGACGUCCUAGUUGGAGUUCAUGGAGCGGGACUAACUCAUGGAAUGUUUCUUCGAGAGGGCUCGGUGAUGGUUGAGAUCCUACCAGCUGCCCUGGAACACAAAGGCUUCCGCAAUCUCGCCGGACUUAUGGGUCACACCUACCUCAGCACGCAUGCCUCGAAAAGUCCCGAAUCCGAAAACAAGGGCGAUACCUGGCACUGGGAGGACGUAUACCUUGAGAAGGAACGGUUUCUGGACUUGAUGGAGGUCGCUAUCAAAGGGCUGUAUAAUACUGGGUUACGAAAUCACGAUGUCAAUUGAAGGCUGUUAUCUGCCACGGUCAUAUUAUUCAUCAAAGGCGAAUAGGCGUAAAUGAUGUCUGGCUUUUGUACGGAUUGGAAUUUGGGGCGCUUUAGCGUGCUUUUUUGUUACUGCAAAUUUGUGGACUGCG